AACGGUUUGACCAUCGUGCAGUUUUGCAUAUUCCCCCUGCCCAUUCGGGACGGCUCGGCCUCCGCCCCGGCCCCGAUCCAGGACCCCACGGCGCCGCCCUCCUCGCUCGUCAAGGCGGCCGAGCUCGUCACGCGGUUUCGGGAGCAGGGCCAGGCGCUCAUCGCCGCGCGCCGCCCCUGGGGGGAGGUCUUCCGCUCCCCCGCCUUCUCCAAGCCGCCCAACGUCGGCGAGGCCGUCUCCCGGAUGCGCCGCAACACGGCCUACUUCCGCGCCAACUACGCGCUCGCCGUCCUCGCCGUCGUCGCCGCCUCGCUCCUCUGGCACCCGGGCACCCUCUUCGCGCUCCUCGCGCUCUGCGCCGCCUGGUUCUUCCUCUACUUCGCGCGCCGCGCCGAGGGCGCCCAGCCGCUCCGGGUCUUCGGCACCGAGUUCGACGACGGCACCGUCCUCGCCCUGCUCUCCGGGGUCACCGUCAUCGCCAUGCUCUUCACCGACGUCGGCUGGAACGUCGUCGGUUCGGUCAUGAUCGGGCUCGCCCUCGCGGGCGCGCACGCCGCGCUCAGGUCCACCGACGACCUCUUCCUCACCGAGCAGGAGGCGGCCGGCAACGGCCUCGUGGCCGCAGGCUUCAGCGCUGCUGGACCCAUCUUGCCCACCUAUGUCCGCAUUGGUUGAUUGUGCAGUCUGGCUUGGUGUGAUGGUACUUCCAAUCUUCUUUGUUGAACAUUCUGGGUUUGUGUUCUUGUUUGCAAUUGUGCACUGGCAAUUCUGUUUCAUAUAUACGGCACAGUAUCUAUUGCUUCGUGUGUUGGCGUGUAAAAAAAAACUAGAUUGGCUUGUGAUCUUAGACUCAAUAGUAAAUUAGUAAUGUGUGCAAUCAUACUAUGAACAUGUUAUACACUUUUCUUCUCAACUGAGUGUAAAGCUGCUAUGUUGAUAAUGGCAAUUGCCAUCCUAUUCUUCACUAUAGUUUGCUGCAAA